CGCAAAUCUCGGGUGAGCGAUGUUGCGUUGCGCUUGCACACGAGUGGCACGACGAAGCGACCGAAGACGGUCCCUCUGACGCACGCCAACUUACUUGCGGGUGCGCGCGCCAUCCGUGACACGCUUAAUGUCGUCGAUCAUGACACCGCGCUCAAUGCCAUGCCCCUCUUCCACAUCCAUGGACUCGCGGUCAACAUGCUUGUCCCGGUUUUAGCAGAAGCUUCGAUCCUCCCUCUACCCGUAUUCACGCCUGACGCGUUUUUCGCCGCUGUGGUGGGUCCGGCACAUCCUACUUAUUAUUCUGCCGUGCCCGCUAUCCACGAGCAACUGCUGCAGCACUCACGUCUGACGCGAACGAGAUUCAAGGCGAGGUAUGUUUCAAAAACGCAUCAAUCAGACCGGAAUACAACAAAUAAAUACAACCUUCUCCCGUCAUCACUGCGAUUCCUGCGAAAUUGCUCGGCUGCAUUGCUACCACCGGUAGCCGCUGAGCUAGCAGAAGUUUUCGAUUGCGAUGUACUCGGUACUUACGCCAUGACGGAGAGCAUGCCGAUCUGCUCGAAUCCUAGUGAACCUAAGGCAAGGCGCCGUCUAGACUCCGUUGGUCCGGAGCGUGGCCCGCGUCUCGUGAUUCGCGAUAACACGCCAGAAGUGACUGAUGUCGAAAAAGCCACUUGGAGUGUCGAAAAGAUAGUCGACUUCGUCACGAGACGCCGCGCAAGGGGACAAGACUUUACCCUAAUUGAAGACGAGAGUACGGAACAAGAAUCUGCAACAGCGUCUGGGGAACGGAUCGAGGGGGAAGUUUGCGUCAAAGGUCCCAUGGUCACUCUUGGCUACGAGCGAAACCUUGAGGACUGGCGCGAUUGCGUCAAUGAUUACACGUCCGACGGCUUCCUGCGUACAGGGGACAAGGGCUACCGCGACCAAAACGGGCACAUCGUCUUGCUUGGUCGUUACAAAGAAGUCAUCAACUGGGGUGGUGAAAAGCUAUCGCCGUUUCUUGCCGAAAGCGUUGCGAUUCAGCAUCCGCAAGUUCGAGAAGUGCUAGCUUUUUCAGCACCACACGCCGUCUUUGGCGAGGCUGUCGGAUUUGUAGUGGUUUCGGAGGAUGAUCCAAAAAGGCAACUCACCACGGAAACCUUGCGGGAGUUCAUGCGACAGCAUGGCAUGGGAGUGCAAUACUUUCCAGAAGUGCUGGUCCUCAUGUUGAAGAUUCCAAGGGCGCAUACUGGAAAGCCACAAAGAAUCGGCCUGGCAAAGCGAAUUGGACUUGAGGCUACUACAGUAGAGCACAGUGGUACUCGAGAAUUCUUUUGGAGAAGCGUGGAGGCAGAAGAAGAUGGUAACUUCACUCUCGGUCUCGUCCCUCUCCGACGGGGAGAAGUCAACGGUAAUAACGAAGGGCAGCACAUCGUACCAAGAACUGCAAUCAUAGGGACACAAACAAGCCCUCCCGCAGUGGUUUCUCCCGCGCCCAUAUCAGAAGGAAGCCCAGAGUCAUCGUCACAGUUCUCGAGUGUGAUGACCCGUUUUGGUCUGAAGGAGGUCGUGGCCGCAAGUAACCAAGGAGAACUUGCAGAUUUGCAUCUGCCGAAUAUUUUGGACAGCAUCUCCAUCAUUCAGCUACGUGCGGUGCUUGCAGAGACCUUUACCCACGUAGAAUGGCCGCUGCACGUGCUCACACAGCGAAGCCUCGCAGAAAUCGAGCAGCGGGCUACUGGACAUAACAAACAAUCUUCAUCUCCAACAACUCGUCAGGGGGCAGGAGUAUCACUCUAUCAGCAAGCCUCAGACCCCGCAUUGCCCUCUUCCGCGCACGUACGAGCACGAUCGUCAUCGCCCCUUUAUUCGCAGGAGAAUCGCAAUAAUGACGAAGGGAUCGAUAUUGGGACAAUAAGGGGCGUUAGACGGUAUUCGGGUGACAUCGACGAGAAGCAGCAGGUGGAUGCUGCGGCAGCAAAAUCUGGCGUGGUGCUGAAGACGUCUCCAGAUCCGAGAAUAUCAUCAUCCCCUUCGACGAAAAAAGCGUUUGGAAGUCGGUCGGAGGAGAGCUCAGGGUUAGCAGCGACCGAGCCACCCUUGGAUGAAAACUGCGUUCCAGCUUCCUGCACCGAGACCCGCAUCGCACCCACUGCAAUUCUUCGAGGUAAAGUGGGACGGGGCUGUGUCGUGGAGGACUUCGCCGUGAUCGGGCCACAGGUCGAGCUCGGCGACCAGUGUUUUGUGGGCAACUACACGCGUUUGCAGGGGCGCGUGCGCGCCGGGCGCGGCUGCGUCUUCUACGACAAUGUAUCAAUUGGCAAUCCGCCACAAGAUUUUUUUGGUUCGUCUUCCGCAAAAAACGGCAAGAUUUUCAUUGGCGAAAAUUGUGUCUUCCGGGAGUACGUCAGCGUAAACAUGCCGACGCGAGAGGAAGGAACCAGGAUCGGACGGGGCAGCAUGGUGCACAGUCACUGCAAUGUCGGACACGAUUGCGUUCUCGGGGAUCGUGUGAACCUAAACAUGAACUGCUACCUAUCGGGCUUCUCGCAAGUGCUUGACGACUCCACGCUGUCCAUCAGCUGCUCGCUGCAUCAGGGCGUCAUUGUCGGGCCCAAGUGUUUCAUAGGCAUGCACGUGGCUCUGACGCACGACGUGCCCCCAUUUCUCGCAAUCGCACGGCGUGAAAGACUGACAGCUAGUACUUCUAUCAGACCUGGAGAAUCACAAGGAGGACGACAGGGGUCGGGCGGUUCGACUUCGAGUGCAUCUUCCUGGUCGUCAGAUCUUUAUUCCAUAUCUGUGGACCGUGAAGGCGUUCGAAGAAAAAUGAAGAACGCGAGCCUAGGAGGACUCGCGGAUGCAUUAGAAAGUGCCUACACGUCGACCACAACUAAAAUGACGCGUGGAACAAGUGAUGCUAUUUGUGAUACGCUGCAGCGACCUGAUGUGGAAAAAACGCUAACGAGCUAUCGCCUAGCACGGGAGAUGCGAAGACCUCAGCUCGCUCGCAGCGAGGUCAAGGUGAAUACGUUCUUUGCGCCUCCAGAGAGAACUCAAAAAAAUAGUUGUGAGGUCUCCUCUCAGAGGCUCAACACGUAAAUUAAUCGAUGUCGGCGCCGUUGUCCUCAAUAAACUUUAGUGGCACAUUGACAGCAGUGUGCUCUUGAGAAUUUGUGUUCGGCAUCUCCUUCGAAUAAUAGACUUUCUGUCAUGUCAUGUCAUGUCAUGUCAUGGUGCUUCUUGUACUAUAGCGUUACGCAAUGGAAAGUUACUUCUUAACAAGUGAAGAAAGAGACUCGUGCCUGCAAAGCCACUGUUUAAGUCAUCUGAAGAUGAGAGACCAGAUUUUGGUGCAACAUCUGUUUACUUACUUACAUUUCUUCAAGAGUCCUCCCCUAGGCCUACUGUACUACAGUUUCUGAAAAAACCGUGUAUGUACAACUGAGACUGCGAGUUGCGAAGUUGCAGAGAGUCAUGAAGGAAACAACUGAACUUCCUUAAUGAAGAAAGAGAAAGAGUGCGCGCUUGGC